AUGGUGAACGAAGGCGAAGAUAGGUGGAAGCGCAGUUUGUGCGAAGGGAUUACGGCCGAUGAGACGAAGUACUACACAAUUGUAGCUGAAAUUGAUUCAGCAGUUCUCACUCACGCUACCGACAUAAUUUCAUCACCACCUGUUAGUGGCAAGUACGACGCAUUAAAGCAAAGACUGAUUACUGAAUUCGGCGAGUCGAACGAAAAAACGCUGAAACGCUUAUUUGAAGGCUGCGAAUCGGGCGAGAAGAAACCUACUACUUUGCUUCGUGACAUGAAAGACUUAGCAAGUCAGCGAGUUGAUAAAGACGUUUUGAAAUCAUUGUGGCUGCGACGCUUGCCUGUGCAAGUGGAGCAGAUUUUAUCAACACUCGAGGGCGAUAUCGAAGCUUUGGCUAAGAAAGUCGAUAAUAUCAUGGAGAUUUCAACAACAAAUGGUAACAUAGAGGUCGUCGGUGUACCCAGCGAGGAUUCAUCACCUGCUAUUGCGGAUUUGAUAAGCAGGCUCGAUCGCCUCGAACGUAGCAGCAAUAACGGCAAGUUCAGGGAGGAACGGAGCCGCAGCAAUGCAGUUUCGGGUACAACGUCAUCUACCAGUUCGCGCAAGACGACAACUCAACCAGCACACGACACUUGUUGGUAUCACCGCACUUUUUGUGAAAAUGCAACACGAUGCCGGCAGCUAUGCUUUCGGUCAGAAACGUUCGGAAAACUAAUCAGUCAUCCGUUCAAAGCGGCUCCUGCGGAGGCUGAUAAUAACUGCAGCCGCCUUUAUGUCCGAGAUAGGACAUCUUCACUAAAAUUUCUUGUAGACACGGAUGCGGAGAUAUCAGUGGUACCCAAAAGUGGUAACGACAAGCGAUCGAGGGCGCCAUGA